AUGGACGGUAUUGGUGGGGGCAACACGUUCUUUGUGUCGCGCCACCAUGAACACCUGCCUGCUACUCUUGAUGAGCUGCUGAGGGUGUCAUCAAAGUGUGAGUCUAUCUCAGGAAAUGCAGAUACAGCGGACGUGAUAAGUUUGCGAGCGCCGGAUGCUGACGACGCAGAUAGUGAUAGCGAUUUUCAGUGCAGCGAUGAAGACUACGACGACGAUAUCGACAGCAGCGAAUCAGAACUGGACGAGUGGCGACUCCACGCGGCAGAGCCCCGAGAAGGUCUGUAUCUGCACGAAAUGCGGCACCAGCGUGGUCGCAUGGACGAGAAGGAGGCCCAAUGGGUGCGUGGAUAUAUCAAAGCCCAAAGAGCGUGGAAGGCCCGGACUGGACGCAGUAUUGAUGAAUUUUAUAUUCCCAACACCUCUGCUCACGGAAUGAAGAAAUCUCUACCAGUCAAGGAAAAUUGGUCGUGCACGUCAUUUACACAAGAACGAGGGCAAGAGCAGGAGGCUUCGCUACUUGUGGAAAUUACGGGCCUAGAGACAGUCUUGUUGAUAGCUGCAGUCGUGUUUAUUUGCCUCUCGGUUGUCGUUCAGCUGUAAUACAUAUCUGUAGGAGGAUACUGCGGGU